CGAACACGAAGCUUUGUCUUUGUUUCUCGGCCCACGAGUGACGAUCUCUAGAUAUAAUACUUACUAGAACCCAUCAUCAUUCCCAACUUGAAGCCGCAAGCCUCCAAUACCACACGUCCCGCGUGUUCUAGUCCUCACCUUGACAACCCGACUGUAAAGCUCCAAAUCAGUCACCUCGUCACGUCGGCAUGUCAUCAGGUGGCAACCAAUCCGGCGGAUACCACGGCGGAAGCACCAACCCCGACAGAGAAAAAUACCGGAAAUUCCUGGACGACCUUUACGGCGACGACUUCCCCGGCGAAAACAGCAAUCCGCCAACUGCAACAGCCAACACUAAUAUCACCGUAUCGGGGGGGCAACAACCCGCAACGAUCACCCAGCAGCACUACUCACCGUAUCCUGACUCGAAAAGGAGGUGUUGACGGAAACUCCAUCUUGAUGGCGGCCACACAGCCACAGCCAGGGAAUCGCCAUUAUGAUGUCCCGGAUUACCCAAACCCACAUCAAGACGUGUCCAGCUGGUGGUCCUUCUUCUUUACCGGCGGGUAUAGCUUUAGAUGGUGGUCGAGUCCCCAUCUCUACUUUCGGCCCAGCCUCGAGUAUGUGCCGACGCCGGCUCCUUUCACUGUCAUCGACGGGCUCGGGCGCGAGGAGACGUUUGACAAGCCAUUUGACUCCUACCUCGACCCGUUCACGGGGAAGAUCGACACGCUCUACGUCCAGGCUCCUGAAUCUAUUUGUCGGCUCUCUUCCACGCGCCCGAAUGCGACCUGGAAACGGACGCCAAUUCGAAAUGUCACGCCCGUCUUGCUGCGCAUUGCGAACCUCCCUUUCCGCCCUAUCCCCGGCGAGCGAAGAGGCGACGCGUCCAAGUAUACAGCCGAGGACUGGGUGGUGGUGAUUUCCAUGUGGAUUCCUGCCGUUGCCGCCUUUCUGCUUUCAUGGAUGCUGUGGGAUUCCGACCCUCCCCCAGCAAAGGAUAAAACCAAGUACCUGCCCAUCAUGUACAAGGGUCUAAGGUACCCACGAAUGGCUCGCAAUCUCCUUGAGAACAGCCCGCAGGUGGCUCAACGCUUGAAAGGCCACGCGGCGUGGAACACACCGGCGGCGUUGUCCACGUACAGGACCUUCCGCCCACGAUUCCUGAACUACCUGGUCGAGAUUGAGCGGGAUGGGCGGACAGUCUACGAAUACGAGCGCCGUCCAGUGGGCCCCAAUGACUUGACCCCCUUUGUCAUGGUCUGCUACUCGUCAGCUCACUAUCAUAUCCCGAACAGGAGCGAGUCCGGGCCAGAGGGAAACGCAGGUGACCUCGAAAUUCUUCUCGCCGUCGCCACUAAGGCCGCCGUUCAGCAUUUCAGUCCGCUGCCUUCUGAUCUGCGGCAACACCCUAGGGCUUUUUGGAUCGCGGCAAAUUGCAUGCCACCCGACGAAGAUGUCGAUGAGAACGGCAAAGUACGCCUCGUGCAGGGGUUUGAGAGAGAAACUCUGGCAAAUCAAGACACUUACAGCAUAAGCGACAUCAUCCGGGCGGCCAAGCAUGUCAUUGUCGUAGCUGGCAACGCAACCCGCCCCUGGGAUGACGGCGCUCUCCGUGUCUGGGGACAGCGUGUCUGGACCUUGCCUGAGAUCGUCCUCAGCAAAGGAGAGACCGUCACCGUGUGGCACUACGGUGAUAGACCGGCACCCCUGAAGAAAUGCAUUGUCAGCGAGAUUCCCAAGGCAUUGUUCCCAGUCUACGCCUGGGAGGAUCGCCUGACCUCGCGCCAGCUCAUUGAACACUACAGCAAUCUGCACCUCAGCCGGUUGGAACUCGUCAAGAUUGCGCUCGAAUGUCUAAUGAGCCGCAAGUUCAGGUCCCUGCAUCCCGGCGACAGGGUGUACGUGCUGAUGGGCCUACUCCGGAUUCGCCCGCCCAUUGACAAGACCGACUCUGCAUUCCAGGCGUUUGCACGGCUCUCGCUCCCGCAGGACAGCGACCGCCUGAUGGAGCGCCUGAUCUGUCUCCUGCCCUACACUCCGGACCAGAACUGGGAGCUCAUGACGGAUCAGUACAUGGCCAGUCUCUGGGACAUCUACCCAGACACCCAAGUCUGCGCUAUUGGUGAGAACGACACAGUCAUUGUGGACGGCGCCAAGGGCGCACAAAUCCAAUGGUCCGAGUUCACCACGGUGCGGACGAUGCGGAACUACACCUUGAAGCGCGCGGUGUACCUCUUCCUAUUGACCUGGUCGCCUCUCCUUUUCUUCACCGGCAUCAUCCUCGUCGCCGUCUAUUCCACGCCUUCCGCCGCGGUGGCCAAUCCCGGCUACUCAACCGGGGUUGCGAUACUCGUGAUCAGCCUGUUUUUCUUUAUCCUCCCGGCACCAUACUUCCUCUGGCACCUAUACUCCGGGAAGCUGUGGGAAGUCGAACCCUGUUUCUUCGGCAUCGAAGGGUACGUGCCGAUCGAGGCCAUCGAGGAGAGGCUGUUCGGGACGUGCCCGACCCAGGCCCGGCGGCUGCGCUGGAGCGCCUGGGGGUCACCCUUGUCGCGACACAAGCAGGGGCGAGUCAUCCACGAGCGGACAGUGAAGUACAGGUACCACGACAACGACGACCAAGCCCCACUCCUCCAGCAGCAGCAGCAGCAUUACUACUACCACGGCCCGCCGCCCGCCGCCGUCGACGUGGCCGCCAUUGACACGUACCCGGUUGAGACGAUCGACCCGACGAGCCCAUGCACCGCUUGCGAGCACUCUGCGGCCGCCGCGGCUGCCGCGGCGGCAGCAGGAGCCCCCGGCCGGUACUACUGCCAGUACCACCCGACGGUGGCGUCGUGCCAGGAUAUGAGCCGCAGCGCCAUGGGCCAGAUGAAGGUGUUUACGCUGAUCGACACGUUCAACAUGACCGCCACGCUGUUUUACGCCGAGCGCCCGCCGACGGUGCUGGUCGUGGGCGGCAGCGAGGGCGGCAUGAAGCGAGCCAUUGCCUGCUCGUUCGACAUCACCACGGGCACUUUUUACCGCGAGACGGUGCUGCGCAUCCCCUCGCAGAGCGCAGAUCGCAUGGAAGGCCUGCCCCGGGUCCGGCUCGGAUUGAGGAGGCCCUUUUUGGAGACGGACGUGCGUCAGACGGCUCAGACGAUGCCGAUGGUCCAAACGAAUCAUCCGCAUAAUGGCGUCUGA